CCGCACGGGAAGAGCCUGGCAGACAACGUUGGGGGAAAAGUGUCCAUUUCGCAACCCUCAUACGCAUGUGCCUCUGUGCCUGCCCACUGCCCGAGCCUUCGCUUACCGGGUGGCGUGGACGAUGUCCGGGUGGCUUGAGAGUGGGGGAGGAAGCGGGUCUCUGCUUCCGUCAACUUCGCCAUCAGCUGCCCCCAUGCCACCAGAGCGCCGGCCGGAAGGUCUUCUUCGGACAGCUCCGCUUCGUCUUCGCUCUCCCAUGGCUGGACGUCCGCUCUGAGCUCCCGGAGGAUGUCUUGCUUGUCCAUGUUGGACAGGAACACUUCGUCUGGCUGGGUCAAUCUGUUACGUCUCUGACGCAUGGCUGCGAUUGUUGUGUUCCUUCCAAGAUGGGGGCAUCGGACAAGGACAUUACCUUUCAGUCGAGCAUCCCUGUACCUCUGGACAUAACUGUGGCUGUGGUCUACUCAGUCUUCGGAAUAUGCUCACUAUUUGGCAACAGCACCUUGCUGUAUGUGUCCUACAAGAAAAAGCACGUCUUGAAGCCAGCUGAGUACUUCAUCAUCAACUUGGCUGUCAGCGACCUGGGCCUGACUCUGUCUCUCUCCCCGAUGGCCAUAACUUCAAGUGUCUACCACAGGUGGCUGUAUGGGAGGACGGCGUGCUCCAUCUACGCCUUCUGCGGCAUGCUGUUUGGCAUCUGCAGCCUGACCACUCUCACCCUACUCAGCGUGGUGUGCUUCAUCAAAGUGUGUUAUCCCUUCUACGGAAACCGAUUCAACAACUUCCAUGGCCGCCUACUCAUCUCCUGUGCUUGGGUCUUUGCGCUGUUGUUUGCCUGCUGCCCGCUGGUCCACUGGGGAGAAUACGGGCCAGAACCUUACGGUACGGCCUGCUGCAUCGAUUGGCGCCUGUCCAAUCGGCUCCCGACGGCACGCUCCUACACGGUGGCGCUGUUCUUCUUCUGCUACAUCCUUCCGUGCUGCGUCAUCCUGGCGUCCUACACAGGGAUUCUGGUCACGGUGCACGCGUCGCACAAGACCAUGGAGCGGCACGCUUCCAGGCAGGCGCACAUGAGCAGCAUCCAGAUCAUCAUUGUCAAGCUAAGCGUCGCCGUCUGCAUUGGUUUCUUCAUGGCCUGGAGUCCAUACGCUCUGGUGUCCAUGUGGGCUGCGUUCGGAAACAUCGAGAACAUCCCUCCUCUGGCGUUCGCCAUGCCGGCCAUGUUUGCCAAGUCCUCCACCAUUUACAACCCCAUCAUCUAUCUCACGCUGAGACCCAACUUCCGCAAGGUAAUAUGCAGGGACGCGGGUGCUCUGAGGAGCUGCCUGUGCUCCUGGUGCUGCUGCCGGCCUAAAGUCAGGGUGAGACUUCGAUCGGUCCCAAAACGGAGCGACCGAUUCCCUUCGCCUAGCUCUUCGACCCAUCCUGCUACGAUAGCCUUGAAAGGUCAGAAGGAUGUGUUUGAAUCCCCCACGCCGAGUCCUCAAGUGUACAGUGUUACUAACCCCCCAGCUUGUGGAGAACCGUCCCAGGAUAGGGCCCUUCUCCAAAGAGAUAAACAAAAACAUCAAAGCGGGAGCCACAUGAGGUCUUUACUGUGCAAAAUGUGCGCAAAAAGGACUGCAGAUAGUCUUCAUAUUGAUUUAGAGAUGGUUCCAAGCAAAGCCAAAGUGGCUUGGCCUUGAUUUUCUCUCCAAUAUUACUAAAAUAUCUGGACUUAUUCUGCAGGUUCUUCUGUGAAAUAUUGACAAUGUUGUUCAGGAAUGUACGGUAAGCUCCUUUACAGUCUUAACUUAAAGGGGACUGCACUUUUUUUUUUUUUUUUUUUGAAUUUUGCCUAUCGUUCAUAACCCUUAUGAGAGAAUGGACUCUUUGGUUAGUCUUAGAAGACGAUUCGCUGGAUCUGACCAAUCUAAAUCUAAGACUAGAUCUGACCAAUCUAAGUCUAAGACUAGGAUCUGAUCAAUCUAAGACUAGAUCUGACCAAUCUAAGUCUAAGACUAGAUCUGAUCAAUCUAAGUCUAUGAGCACGAACUGAUGAAGCCGACUCGGAUGAGAGGCGAAACGUCUUCUUAGACCACAAGUCUCAAAGUCAAGGCCCGCGGGCCAGAUCUGGCCCUCCACGUCAUUUUAUAUGGCCCACAAAAGCCUGGAAAUAAUAUGUGUCAAGAAAAUCCCCUAUUUUCUUUCUUUACUUUCUUAUUAAAAGGUAUUGGUUGUUUUUUUUUCUAGUUUGACAGGAAAAAAAAUUGUGUCCAAUAUUGCAACAACUAUUAUAUUAUCUAACUUUUUUGGUCAAAAUCCAAAUAAAUACUUAAAUAUCUGUUUAACUUAUGAUUUCGAAGCAAGUUAUCCAUCAA